CCGGGGGGGCGGCUUCGUGUCCGGGCGGUGCCAGACGCGAAGGCCGUCGGUGGCUUUGCUAGCUGAGGGAGCAGCAGUCCGGCGCUUCACCAUGACGGCGGCCAUGAGACAGCGCUUCGACCGCUUCCUGCACGAGAAGAACUGCAUGACCGCCGUACUCGAGCGGAUCGAGAGCAAGACCGGCGUCGACCGCACCUACAUCGCCAUCGCUGUCCUGGGGGCGGUGGCCGUGUACCUGGUGAUCGGCUACGGCGCCUCGCUGCUCUGCAACAUCAUCGGCUUCGGCUAUCCCGCCUACGUGUCAAUCAAGGCCAUUGAAAGUCCCAAUAAAGAUGAUGACACACAGUGGCUGACUUACUGGGUUGUGUAUGGUGUUUUCAGCAUAGCAGAAUUCUUCUCUGAUAUCUUUCUGUCCUGGUUCCCUUUCUACUACAUGCUGAAGUGUGGCUUUCUGCUCUGGUGCAUGGCUCCCAGUCCCUCUAAUGGAGCAGAGUUCCUCUAUCACCGAAUCAUCCGGCCCUUUUUCCUGAAGCACGAGGCUCAGCUGGACAAUGUUGUCAAAGACCUGAAAGACAAGGCUGCAGAGACUGCAGAUACCAUUGCUAAAGAAGGUUACAAAUUACUUGUCUGAGACCAACAAGGAACUUGCCCUGUGCUGACUCAAACAACUCAAGCAGAACACAUUGCAAGAAGGGAAGCCAGAAGGACGGAUCGAGCCUUGCAGAGGCAGAGUGGCAACAUGCUUUUCUCUACUUCUUCUUAUGGACAGCACAUUUCCUCCUGUGGCUGAAAACCAUCAGCCUGAGUAACUCCACACACUGAAAAAUAUUGGUUUGAGCAAAUCAUUGAAGAGGGUGUGUAAUAACUGGAGACCCUUGCUGAAGACUCCUGAAACUUUUAGAACAUCUAACUGCAGAGACAUGGGGGAGCUGACAUCCCAGCAGCAAUCUUGGACCAUCUGUACUAUAUAAAAGUGGGCAUGCACAUUUAUCCUUGUUGACUCACUACCACAGAUCAAGACAACACCAGAUCUAAGGAAUGGUGGAAUACUUAAUAUCUCUCUCUUUUCUUCUUUCCUCUAGAUCAUCUUCUACUCAUUUUUCUUCAGCAGCCAUUGCCUAAGUUUGCCUUAGAGUAGUUGAUAAGGAAAAAACAUUCAGGCCAAGUACCCUAUCCAUAAUGCCUGUAAUUGCUGUUAGAGUAUUACCUAAUUUUGCUUCAAAGUAGUUGGUUAAUUGUUGUUAGAAAGCUCAAUAAACUGUAUUGCAUUGUUCCUCUGAGUCACUGUCUGACUGUUGCAGGGAGUGCCCUAUUCACUGGAUUCCAAAGACUGACCUUCCUUACAAGCUACUGAGUGGCAUGAGGCAGUACUGAAUAAGUCUUUUCUCUAAAAGCUCUUAAAUCUGAGACUUUCCAUCACUAACCAAAGCAGAUUCAAGACUUCCUUCUCAAUUCCUCAAACUAGUCAACAUCUUCUACUGUCAGUUCAUUGUCAUCUUGCGCUCUUGCUUCCCUCUCUUGCUCUUGUCUCUCCACAGAGCAGCAGUAACUAAUAACCUCUGACCACCUCGUUGUUUCUAGUAACAAAACCUUCAGCUGCUUCAGCAGUGCCCAUGCUGUUGUUUGUGCCAUGUGGCAUUCCACUGGGUCAGAGCAACUCCCUCAAUACAGAAUGGCUUAGGUUGGAAGGGAUUUAAAGUUUAUUUCUAACCCCCUCUACUGGGCAGGGUUGCCAUAUCUGUGUGUGUUAUCAGAGAGAUAAUCCAAAGAUCAUUUGUGUAGGAAGUCAUAUUAGCAGAAAAAAAAUUGAAGAUGUUUAUAACAGCCAUGCCCAAUUACAGCCUCAGAGAGUAAGAUUUCCUUUCCAAAGUCAUUCUGCUACAGACAGUGUGUGUACUGGUAAUCUGACAGUCAAGGGAGUGGCACAUGAAGUCCACCAGGGCAGCUUCUAGAUUUGAUACAGUGGCACUGAGAAUAAGCAUGCGCCCUCCUCCAUUCAGUGCUGCAAUAGAACAACGCUUAAAACGUCCUAGGAGAGGAAACACAACUGAACCUCUUGUAAGUUGGGAGCUGCCAUGCAGUCUGCUAUAAAUGCCUAGCAGCAGCAACUUAAAAAAAAAAAAAAAAGAAAAAAAGAAAAAAAAGGUAAACUACCAUCUAUUAAAGCAUUUGAAUAGAACAAAAAAUGAAAAACAUAAAAUACCUCAAAAUACAAGCAUGACUAAGUUGAGCAAAGAUAUCAUCAAUAAUAACUUAAUGAAAUUUCAUUACUUUAGACUAGUCAGAUAUCCAGAUGAAUUCUGAAUGCUGCUUAUCUGUAAAAUAUGAAAAGAAAAAUCAGCUUACCUGGCAGACAGAUGAAAACAGAAUAUUGCAACAUGAAAAUUUUAUCAGAAUAAUCUGAUGACUUGUUACCAGUACUCAUCUAUGAAGCAGUGAAAUAACUGUUCUCAAAUACUAAGAAUUAGAGAAGCCCAUGAGGGAUUUUUUUUUUUUUAAACUUGAGAGAGGUAGCACUGUGUCUUUUUCAUUCUCCUUAUACUAAACUAUCCUUCAUUCAACUUGUUCAGUAAUUUCUUCAGUUUCUCCUAGUGACAACUGUUCUGAUCAAUUAAUCUCCAAAUAACAUCAUAUCCCUGCCUGUGGACUACACAAAUAUUUUAAGUUCCCAAACACUGCAUGGCCUACACAUCUGAAAUAAAGCUAGAAAGCGUAUUUCAUGAACUCUCAAACGACAACCUGAAACAGGAUAACACAGUAUUCAAAGAAAAAAAAAAAAAGGAAAAAAGUUAAAUUGUUCAGUUAUCUUAAGCAGUUAAAAUACAAACCCUACAGUAUGCCUCUGACUUCUUGAAAUAAGCUGCAGAGGAAAGGUUAAGAAUAAAAUAAAAGUCAUCUUUUGACAAAAGGAUUCAAGAAAAGUUUUUCAAAAUUACUAUGCCACCUUUAUUAGUACAUUGACAAUCAUAAAAGAUUAUUAGGAAGUAAAGUUUACAAAGUCAUAAUUUUACUGAUUUGCGUUUUUUAUUGGUGAUACAGACCCUCCAGAGUCAAGACAGUCAGUCAACUAGCACGGAUAAAUGGUUAACCAACCUGAAAACUGUUUGCUUAUCUAGUCUGCGUAAGACUUUUUAUUAUUUUUAAAAAGCUGCAUAUUAAUUUUGGAAAAAAUGAUUCUCCCAUUUACUUAUGUUGUUCCACUUUCAAAACUGGAUGUUAGCUUCAGACUUGCAGAGUGUGUGUGACGGUAGGUUUAUUGUUACACAGACACAAAGCAGUUACAUGCAUUCCAGCUCCAAAGUAAGCACGCAGUUCUAUCUGUCUUGACCUGUUUAUUUCAUUCCCGUAUCUUUCACCUCGAAGUUGCA